GGCGGCUGCGGGGCUCUCGCGGCGGCAGCCCCGGGCCGGCUCCAUUUUGUCCGGGGAGCCGGCGGGCGGGGAACGCUGCGCCCCGGAGCGGCCGCUUUGUCUCCCGCAUCCCGCCGGCGGCGGGCGUUGGGCACGGGCGGCGGGGGGAUGCGCUCCGCGGGGCUGCUCGGGCACCUGCGAGCCGAGGCGGCGGGUCCCCGCGAGGAACGAGCGGCCUGGCGGGUCCCCGGCCCGCUCCGCGCCUACAGCAUGCAGCCAUCUGGCGGCUGGCUCGCCCCGGACUUGCCCCGAAGGUUAAAAUUGUACAAGGAGCCACCACCUUUUUGACAGGUAUUUGAGAAUACCACUGAUACAUAAUUCAGUAUUUCAUGACAAUGGAUGGCGACAGCUCUACCACAGAUGCUUCCCAGCUAGGGAUUUCUGCAGACUACAUCGGAGGAAGUCAUUAUGUGAUCCAGCCCCAUGAUGAUACUGAGGACAGCAUGAAUGAUCAUGAAGAUACAAAUGGUUCAAAAGAAAGUUUCAGAGAACAAGAUAUUUAUCUUCCAAUUGCAAAUGUGGCUAGGAUAAUGAAAAAUGCCAUACCUCAAACAGGAAAGAUCGCAAAAGAUGCCAAAGAAUGUGUUCAGGAAUGUGUGAGUGAAUUUAUAAGCUUCAUAACGUCUGAAGCAAGCGAAAGGUGUCAUCAGGAGAAGCGGAAGACAAUCAAUGGGGAGGAUAUUCUGUUUGCCAUGUCCACUCUAGGCUUUGACAGCUACGUGGAGCCUCUGAAACUGUACCUUCAGAAGUUCAGAGAGGCCAUGAAAGGAGAGAAGGGUAUCGGGGGAGCAGUCUCCGCCACAGAUGGACUAAGCGAAGAGCUCACGGAAGAGGCAUUCACUAACCAGUUACCAGCUGGCUUAAUAACUGCAGAUGGUCAACAGCAAAACGUUAUGGUUUACACAACGUCUUAUCAACAGAUUUCUGGUGUCCAGCAAAUUCAGUUUUCAUGAUCGGAAGGACGGACGGAUGGACGGAACCGGGCUUGUGUGGAGAGAGUCUGAUGGAGUCUGAAGCAGAGGCAUGGGAGGAAGUGAGGGUGAAGCUGCCUCCUUGUACCAUAAGUAGCUGUAAUGUAGCUUCCUGAUGCUUGACUAAUUGAGGUGUUAAUUCUGACUUGAGAAUCUUUUUCAUGAAUGAUUUUAAAAGAAAAAAAAUUGGAUUUUAAAGGUAUUAAAAUAUUUUUGUUUUGUACGAGAGUUUGUUGCUCUGUAUGACGCCUGUAUGCAUUGUAUAUUGCAAUUUAUUACUGUCAGAGAUUUGUAGACAGUUUCUUAUUUUCAUAUUGAAUCAUGUUAUUUUGUAAUUCAAGUAAGCAGCUGGGUUACUUCAUAAUGUUUACCCUUUUAAUAAAAUAUAAGGGUAGAGUUCAUUUUGAAUGAAAGUCGCCUUUAUUAUAAAUUUGAGUUUGUCUUGGCUCUAUACUAUCUUGCAUGGUAACUUAGCUAGGUGUUUUAGCAUUUAUUUAUUGAAAACUUUUUUUUGUUGUUUUGUUAAAACAGUCAUAGCAUAAGCAACUUUGUUUUUUUUUAAAAAAUUGUAAUUGAAUAAUUAAGUUGGAUGCAGAAGCAAGUCUUGUCUGGCCUAUUCAACUUGGUGCCCGUCACUGUCUGUGGUGUUCAGGCAGCUUCAGUUACUAUCACGCCUGUUAGAAUUCAUUUCCCUUUGAUGUGGAAAUGGUCCCUCUCUUCAAGUGUUACAGUCCCCUUCACGAAGAGGGACUUUUCAGUCCAUUGAUAGUCAUUUUACCUUCACGGAAAGGUCAGGUUCCUGUGAGGCCGAGGGAACUGAGCAGUGGGCAUGGUUCUGUGCAGAUGCUGCACGAGAGAGUGGACAAGCAGGGGAGCAGUGAUGUGACACGGGAGCCUUCUGGUUUGCUGUCACACUCUCUGCAGUAAACUAACAAUAGGUGAUACAGCUUGGUACAGUUUAGUGGUGUGUACUUGGGUUCCUUUUUUAAAGUGAAGAUUUCUAUUUUCUCAUCUACUUUUUUUUUUUUUUUUUUUUAGUAGUAAUUACUUUGAAUUUUUGUGUAUGUGCUGUGGUAGUUCUAGCUCUAUCAAAAAUGGCUUAUUGUAUAGUCUGUCCAGAAGGAAAAUUUGGGUACUCCAGUGGACAAGAGAUAGCAGUUUUCUAGGUCCCGCCUGAACAGUAAUGGCUACUUGGCCAGGAGUUUUGUGGAACCUGUGGCUGGCUGUCUGGAGAUGAAAUAACACCCUCUUCCUCUAAGUCCCUUUUCAGUAAUAACCUCUCUGUAGGAAUUGCACGUAGGGAAGAACGGGAGAUGAUGGUGAAGCAGAAUCCGACAGUCGUCCUACUGGGUUGAAAUAACAAUGUUAAUAUUUUGAUAAAUUCAUUUGUCCUUUUACUUUGCUAAAUAUGUAUAUUUUUAUAAAAGUGGGCUCGUGUUGUACACACUGUUUUGUAACUGGUUUUUCACUUACUAUAUUGUGCACAUCUCCCCAGGUCAUGCAUGGUCUCUGCAUCGGUUUUACUGGGUUUUUAUUCUGUUGUAUGACUGAAUCAUGAUUAUUUAAUUGCCUGUUGCAAAUUCUGACCUUUUUCAUCUCUUCUUAGUUAUAAACAGCCCUUCACUGAAUCUUGUGUACAUCGUAACUUUUCUUGCAAUAAAUUCUUAGAAGUAGA